UUAUGUCACCGCACUAAUUAAAUGCCAUCUGGGUGGCUCCUCCGGGUUUUUGAGCCGGUCACCCAGUACAGAUCAGUCAGAGGGCCAAGGAGGAGAACAUGAUGAUGGACCUUUUUGAAACUGGCUCCUAUUUCUUCUACUUAGAUGGAGAAAAUGUAACUCUGCAGCCAUUAGAAGUGGCAGAGGGCUCUCCUUUGUAUCCAGGGAGUGAUGGUACCCUGUCCCCUUGCCAGGACCCAAUGCCCCAGGAAGCCGGGAGCGACAGCAGUGGAGAGGAACAUGUACUGGCACCUCCCGGCCUGCAGCCUCCCCACUGCCCUGGCCAGUGUCUGAUCUGGGCUUGCAAGACUUGCAAGAGAAAAUCUGCCCCCACAGAUCGGCGGAAAGCUGCUACCCUGCGCGAAAGGAGGAGGCUGAAGAAAAUCAACGAGGCCUUUGAGGCCCUGAAGCGUCGGACUGUGGCCAACCCCAACCAGAGGCUGCCCAAGGUGGAGAUUCUGCGGAGUGCCAUCAGCUACAUUGAGCGUCUGCAAGACUUGCUGCACCGGCUGGAUCAGCAAGAGAAGAUGCAGGAGCUGGGCGUGGACCCCUACAGCUACAGACCCAAGCAAGAAAUUCUUGAGGGUGCGGAUUUCCUGCGCACCUGCAGCCCCCAAUGGCCAAGUGUUUCGGAUCAUUCCAGGGGUCUCGUGAUAACUGCUAAGGAAGGAGGAGCAAGCGCAAGCGUGGACGACGCUUCAGCCACCAGCAGUCUUCAGUGCCUCUCUUCCAUCGUGGACAGUAUUUCCUCAGAGGAGCGCAAACUCCCCAGCGUGGAGGAGGUUGUGGAGAAGUAA